AUGGCGAACGACACCCCACCCACCUACACCGACGAUUACUUCCUACAGACGGAGACGUCGCCCGAUCGCGAGUGUCGCUUCUUCCUCUUGGUCGUCUACGUCUUCAUAUUCGGAGGGCUGACGUUCAUAGGGUUAAUUGGCAACCUCAUCUCCUUCUACGUUCUACGGAUGGAUAAAAAAAGUCACGUGGCUUGUUUCCUGCUCCAAUCAUUGGCCAUGAACGACACGUUAUUUCUGCUUCUGACCUCAUACGCUCAAGUCUUCACGUCGCUGGUCUAUUACUUCGGACGGGAGGAUCAUGCGAUGAUGUCUUACAACAGGGUCUUCGUGUUUCCAUUCGUGCACGCAACACAGAUGGCGACCGUCUGGAUCACGGUGCUCAUCAGUUUCAACAGGUACAUCGCUAUCUGCUGGCCUUUCCAUGAGGCCAGGUGGAACACAAACAGAAAUGUGAAAAUUCAAAUCACAGUCAUGGCCAUCUUGGUCAUGAUCUACUGCCUGCCAAAAUUUUUUGAGUCCGAGAUUGUUUAUCAACGUGAAAAUGUUACGCUGAUUGAAGAUUAUUUACGUAGUAAUCAAACAUUGAAUGCCAGUGUCUCUGUCGUUGAAACGUUUGUAGUAACCACUGAGUUCAGUGCCAUGAAGAAAAACACAUUCUGGUACGGAACCAUUUACGAAACUCUUCUCUAUUGCCUCUUUGUUUAUUUGGGACCUCUGCUUCUUUUAAUUUUUUUCAAAUCUCAACUUAUUAAAGAACUCAUAAAAUCAAAUAAACGCUUGAAACAACUUAAAAUAAGCAAAAAACGCAAGUGCAAACAGGCUGGUGCUAAAAAUCAAAAAAAGGAAAAACACGCUGAUACUUCUAAAACAUUGCUAACAAGCUGCCGAGAUAGGGAAGAGGACAGUUGUCCGACCGACAAGAACGAACAAAUCAACCCGACAACUACGAAUGGAAGUAAUGACAAAUGGAAGCACAAUGUUCCACAAGCACAUUUCAAUAACUUGAACAUGAACUUACCGGCUGGCGAUCGUAGCUCUGAUGAUUUAAAUGGAAUAAGCAUCUGCGCGAGCACGUUUGUCAGCGUUUCUAAUGAAGAGAAAAAAAUUGAUCUAACACCAGUCAAGGAAAAUAAACCAAUCACUAGUCUUCCAAUCAAACCGAUAGCUUCAUUUGAAAUGAAUAACACAUCGAAACAUAAAAAAUGCGUCACCGUCGAUGAUGGACCUAAUGAAUGUGCAUCGAAUUUGAUAGCAAACAUUCCAACUACGGAUGUGCUGACUCAGUUUAGAGAUGAAAAAAUUUCUUUUUCGUCAUCCACUCCAAAUUUGCCACUUGAGAAAAAUGAUGUAAAAACGUCAUUUGACUCAAAAAGUACAAGCCAACAUUUUACACCAGAGAAUUUGAAUUCAGACUCGCCGUUUUGUUCAUCGCAACCAGCAGAUAAGCACACAACAUCAGAAAGGGCAUCACCACAGACAGCAGAGCCAACUACUUCAACAACCACCCCACAAACGACAUCAACUACUUUACAGACGACAACAAACACGCCGCAAAUAACAACAGCAGCAGCAGCAACAAGCGACAACAAAGUAAAGAGAUCUCAAACAUACGCUCCCCCGCCAGGACAGAACUUUGAAAUGAACGAUGGCGAUCAGAACAUCACGAAGGUCAUGGUCGGCAUCGUCGUCGUCUUCAUCCUCUGCCAGACUCCUGGCUACAUCAACAGCAUUCUGAACUAUUGCAACCCAGACUACAAAUGUGGCAAUGCUUACUUCUACUAUUAUCAUUUGAGUAACCUGGCCAUCAGCACGAACUCCGUGGUCAACUUCAUCAUCUACUGCGUCUUCAGGAAGCAGUUCAGGGAAAAAUGUGUUAGGAUAUUCUGCGCCAGGAAUUACAGAUACAAACAAAUACGCUUUGCUAACUAG